CCCUCUGGGUGGUACAAGUGUUUUGCUUAUCUUCUCCAAUGUCAAAUUGCUGCCAUCAUUAAAGCUUUUGCUAUUAAAAUAACAUGUUAAGCUAGUAAAAAAAUAAUAAUGAGUUGUGGAGAUACUGAAAAGAAGAAAAUAAAUAUUCGAAUAUUAUUUUUUGCUAAAUCACGUGAAUUGGCGGGACUGGACGAAGCAUCGUUUGGCCUGGAAUCAAGUUCAAUAACAUCACUCGACUUGUUGGGGAAAAUUAGUGCUGCAUACAAUUUGGAAGCCAUUAAAACAACAAUUAUAUUGGCCAUCAAUCAAAGCUAUUGUAAUAUUAGCGAAGAAGAACAACUGCACUUAAAGGAAGGCGAUGAAAUAGCCAUUAUUCCCCCUUUGAGCGGUGGAUAAUUUGAACCUGUUUUUUUCCACUCUAACACACGACGGUACCUUAGUAGCUGAUAAGUCAAUAUGAAGAACCACUUGUUGCUCACGCAUGAAAAACUUGAUGUUGGUGCUAUCAAUAAUUUGGUAACUGCCGGCAGCUGUGGAGCCAUAUCGCUGUUUGUUGGCACAACUCGUGAUAAUUUCGAGGAUAAGAAAGUCGUCUCUCUAGAAUAUGAAGCAUAUGAGCCUAUG